AAAAUGUGUGGUGUGAUUGGUAGCGUGACCACGUUGGUCUUGGGCGCCAUCCUUGUGAUCGGCAGCUGCAUCGUCAGCUUCGUAGUGGUUCCUAACAUAGUCCGGAAUGUCAUCAUAGGCGAGGUUGUGCUAAAAGAGGACACAAUACAGAUGGAGAGAUUUGAGGAGGUGCCCUUCUCAUUGAACUUCACUGUGAAGAUCUUCAACAUCACCAACCCUCAAGCUGUACUGAACGGCGGCGUGCCAUUCGUCACUGAAGUUGGACCAUACGUCUAUAGGUUGUACCAGACUCGGGAGAUUCUUGGUAUUGACGGUGAUAUAAUGAGGUACAAGAGACAUGAACACUUCGUAUUUGACCCCGUCCUCUCGUACCCGCGCACGGAAGAAGACAUGCUGACUAUCAUCAACGUGCCUUAUCAUGCUAUCAUCCAAGUUGCGGAGACACUCUACCCAAAUUUGAUGCCGCUGGUAAACCUUGCAAUAGACGGUGUUUUUGGAGAAAAUAAUCAGCCAUUCGUCAAUAUCACUGCCCGUCAGCUCCUGUUCAGUGGUAUCACGCUGUGCAAGAACACCGGCCUGAUAGCGACCAUAGCGUGCAACAUCAUCAGGGACAUCGCCCAAGGAGCCAGGAAUAUUGAACAAUUGGAAGAUGAUUCUCUAGUCUUCUCUAUCUUAGAUUAUAAAGAAAAACUGCCAAGCGAAGAAUACGAAGUGCUUCGGGGAUUAAAUGACCCUGCAGACUUGGCUCGUAUUUUGAAGUACGGCGGCUACAAUCGCUUCAGACACUGGGCCAAGAAUCCUGAAGGUGGAGUCACCCCCUGCAACCAGAUCAACGGGACUGAUGCUGGAAUAUACCCACCGUUCGUCAGUAGGGACCAAAGCAUUUACGCAAUCAACACGGAUAUCUGCCGAUCCGUGGAACUUCGGUACGAGUAUGACACAGAGUACAAGGGCAUCCCGACCUACAGAUUUGCUGCAAAUGAGUGGCUUCUGGACAAUGAUGAGGGUUGCUUCUGUCUGAACCAAACACGAGGUCUGAACCGCGAGGAUGGCUGCCUGCUCAAAGGGGCAAUGGAGCUCUACACCUGCGUUGGUGCUUUCCUUGUGAUGUCAUACCCGCACUUCCUGUUCGCCGACGACCUGUACCGAGACGGUGUGGUCGGGAUGUGGCCGGACGAAGACAUACAUAAGAUAUUUGUGGACAUAGAACCGAACACUGGCACUCCGAUCAGAGGUGCAAAGAGGGCGCAGUUCAACAUAUUCUCGAGGCCCGUCAGCGGUAUACCCGCCACACAAGCCUUCCGUACCUCCUUAGUCCCGAUCUUAUGGGUGGAUGAAUCUAUAGUUCUACCUGAUGAUUUCGUGGAAGAACUGACAGGCAGAUUGCUACACAAUCUCCGAUUAGUGGACAUCUUAAUUCCAGUCAUGAUAGCAGCUUGUGGUCUCGUCCUGGUGCUAGGUACCGGCCUGACCGUUAGAGCAUUUUAUGUAAGGAAAUCAAUAAAAAAGACAGAAUCUGUACCUGAACCUUAUACUCAACCUGAACCUGAAACUCAACCUCAACCACGAACUGAAAUUCAACCUGCCAACUAGAUAUUAUAUAAAUGUUAUGUAAGAUAUUAAAUAAUAAUAAUAAUAUGUACAC